AUGGCUGAAGUACGCAUUGUUCAAAUCACUGAUCCCGCAGAUGUACCAAUAUGUGCUCAACUAUGCCGAGAAGCUGUAGCAGAUGACCCAUUCAUCCGGUUCAUGGACCUCUACAACCAAGAAAUGGAUUUCAUCGACGAGACCAAGAAGCGUCUGAACAACGCCCUUGAUCCAGCCAACACGGACGAGAUCGCCUUCAAGGCUGUUCUGGACGUGCCUGAGGAAAAUGGCACGACUCAUGAAGAAAUCGUCGGCGUUGCUCACUGGUACCAUGGUAACGUGACGAUACCCAAGUACGACACGUUCAUGAAAGAGGUCCAAGAGGAGCCCAAUGAGAUCAUGCCCGACGAAAUUGCAGCUGGUUCAGGAGGUAGCACUCCUAGUUCUACGACUGUUGUGUCGCCAGAGCCAGCGGUGGUGGUCAAGAACGCCGAGGAAGCAAUCACUCAUGUCUAUCGACAGCAUGGAAAUGCGUACAUUAGUACGGUCCGGGGGAAGCGGCAUGUCUAUUGCCGCCGAAUGAUGGUCAGCCCGAAGCACCAGCGCAAGGGAAUCGGCCGUAAGUUGAUCGAAUGGGGCGUCAACAAAGCCGAUGAAGAGAACAUUGUUGGGUAUUUGAACGCUCGGCCUGCUGCUAUGAAGCUGUACCAGGCCGCUGGGUUUGAGCCUGUGGCUCCAUUGAACUGCGUCAUUCCGGAGGGAGACGAGCAAUUCAUCGUACCGACGGGAUAUGCGAUGUUGCGGAAACCGCGGCCGUUGGCGGAUCAGGUGAAGUAA